CUAAAUGCUGACUGGGUGUGAUAUACGAGUAUUCUGUUUAUGCUAAUCAGUACCGGUUCCAUGAAUAUUUAAGAUUCAUUAACAUCUAAUUAAAUUCAUUUGUUUGAAAAUUUUGGCUGCUAAAAUUCAUGAAUUAGAUUAGCAAGUUAGUAGAUCUUUAAACCUACAGUAAGCAUAUUCGAGUGCCGUUUAUCGCAGGAUUAACUUUUUCAAUUAAGAUCUACAGUAUAGCGUUCAAAGUAUUUUUUGCUGGAUUGUGUAUGAAAUGGAUGCCAGAACAGUGAACCGAAUUCGUGAGCCAGGCACUUACACAUUUACCGACGCCUUGGCUUUAACAAAUUUCGGAAAAUUCAACUAUCUUUUGAUUUUCAUUUCCGGCUUGGUGACCGGUACACUAGUGCUGGAGAUGUCUUCAAUAGGCUUUGUACUCCCCAUCGCCCAAUGUGAAUUGCAGCUGACCAAUCGCGAUAAGGGUGUACUUAGUGCAAUUAAUUUUGUGGGUAUAAUAGCUAGUUCACAUUUAUGGGGAUUUUUCGCCGAUACCAAGGGACGUCGCACAGUUUUAUGGACAACUUUGUUGGCAGCUUUUGUGAGUACUGUUUUCUCCAGUUUCGCGCAUAAUUUUUGGACUAUGGCUUUACUACGUUUCGUGAAUGGAUUUUUUGUGUCCAGCAGUGCUGUGAUUUUCGCUUACCUCGGCGAAUUCCAUGGAGAAAAAACACGCUCUCGUGCAAUUAUGAUCUCAGCGGUCAUAUUUUCCUUUACGAAUAUGCUUUUGCCCCUAGUCGCUUAUUUGGUGAUAAAUCAAGAAUGGAUGUUACCUUUAAGUGUGCUGCAGAUAACCUACAAGCCGUGGCGUGUCUUUUUAAUCAUAUGCGGGGCUCCUGGCUUACUUUGCAGUCUAGUCAUUUAUAUGUUGCCUGAAAGUCCAAAGUUCCUGCUGACGGUGGGCGAGGAGACCAGAGCCAUAGAAGUCUUACAGCAAAUGCAUCGCUGGAAUAAUGGCAAGGAGCCGUUUAGAAUUUCACAUAUACUGCCAGAUGCAGACACUUCGAUCUCAACAUUGAAAUUUAACAACAGCUACGUUUCGAAUUCGAAUUUCGCAUAUGUCUUUUUGCAAACAAUGUGGCAACAAACCGCACCGUUAUUCCAACGGAAAUACUUACAAAUUACGCUAAUAAUUUGUCAUAUACAAUUUUGGUUAUUUUUCGCAUCCAAUGGGCUGUAUAUGUGGUUUCCGCAAAUAAUUAAUAGCGUGGCCGCAUUCAUAGUGGAACACCCAGGGGAGCACAAACAAAUCUGUGAAAUUGUCUACGAACAACAAGCAAGGUUUUACAAAACUGAUGGAACCAUUGAGUGUGUCAAUAAAUUGGAGAACACCACAUAUUAUUACUCGUUCAUUAUGGAAAUACUGUACGCCAGCUCAUUCGCAUUCAUUGGCUUCAUCAUAAAUCGUGUGGGCAAAAUAUUGAUACUUUUUGUAUCGAUAAUAGUUUUCACAGCUUGCGGUCUAGCUUCGGUCUUCAUAGCCGAUCCAGUAAUUACGGCCUACCUCUAUGUGCUCUUCUUCGCGUUGGGCGUGUCAUUGAUUGUUAUGAAUGCUAUAACAGUGGACUUGUAUCCAACACACCUGCGUGCCAUGGCUUCAUGCAUAUCACUUAUGGUGGGUCGUAUCGGAAGUAUUGCCGGUGCCAAUAUUGCUGGCGUCUUGAUGAGUCGACACUGCGAAUGGAAUUUCUAUAUCUGCUGUGGCGCUCUGUUCAUUUGCGCCUUCCUCGGUCUUCUAUUGCCGCGUAAGAGCGCCGAAGUGCCGAUCAAAAGUGAAACGUAACCGUGGUAUUUCGACAUUUACCGUAUAAAUUUAACUGUUAAGUACUGCAAGAUAAUUAACAUUCUAGAGCUACAGUCUAGAAUAUUGAACAUGUUUAGUUAAAGCUCUUAGAAGAAAUUAUGCGAAAGCACAUGUUUACUACAAAGCGGAGGUAAAAACCAAUUCAUUUUAUAUUAUUCAUCUUAAGAUAAGAACUUUGGGAAAGAAACAUGAAAUGUUGUUAGAAGUUCUUGACUUUAUCAAAAUAAGUAUAUAAUAAGUUGAUUCAAAAGUUUGUCUCAUUUCAACUUUAGCGAUAAAAUAAAUUUAUUUAUGUAUGUACAUAUGUGAUAGUGGAGAAUUGAAAAAGCUCUGACAAAGUAUGUUUUAAAAGCAUAAACAGAAAAGUCGGAUUUUGUUUACAAACAACAAUAAACAGGAAACUUCAAAAAAAGAGAGCCAAAACGUCUGUAUGUAAAGAGAUGAGAGCGUAAAUUUCAUGAAAAAAAGGUUUACGGCGUAUGUUAUAAAUAUGUGGUGUGUUCAAAAUAUAACGGGAAUUGUAAAAUUUAAAAUUUUACGUAUUUGAAGAGUCCGAUUGCCACAUUUUUUUUCGGCUGUAUUCAUUGCUGGCUUUGUCGGUCACAGCCGCUAAGGUUAUAUGUAUUUUUAUGAGCUUGGCGAUCUUCGUGUGUUAAAAACUAACACUUCGUUGUUUGUUCGUGAAUUCUUGGCCGAAAACAAAACUGUAACAAGGCCCCAGCCUCCAUAUUCGCCAGACAUGGAUCCGUGUGACUUUUUUCUAUUUCCAAAAAUUGAGUUCGAGAAGUGUUUCGGCGAUUGGAAGAAACGCUGCCAUAAGUGUAUAUCGAUUGGGACUAUUUUGUAGACGAUAACAUUAAUGUAGACGAAUGCAUAAAUAUUUUCUCAAAAAACGAAAAUUCCCGUUAUUUUUUGAACACACCUCGUAUAUAACACUGAGCAUGCUGCCUGGAAUCCAGUUUUACACACACACACACCAAAAACUAACAAAGCAAGCUUAAAUUUACUAAUUUUAGAAAAUGUAAUUCGUUGUUAGGAGCGUUAGUUGUUGGGUACUGAUUGAUAAUCACAACAAUAAAAAUCUAUCAAUUCUAUACGUUUCUCUUGAUAAGCUUAUGAGUAGCGGAAUACUUAUUAAACUUAUUUCUAGCACUUGAAAUCUCAAUCAUUACAAUGUAAACUGCAAGCUUUUUGAUAGAUAAGAAAAAUAUUUUGUAUGCACCAGCCCACAAUUUGUGUGGACGUCACUUAACAGUGAACAGACUACAUAAACAUAAACGCAUUAUAAAAGCAAUGUAACUUAACAUCGAGUGUCAGUUUUAAGCCACGCUCAGAGCCAGACGGACGCUUCUAUAUUUAGCACAACUCGCUUGAACCGAUAGUCUUAUCAUUCGCUUUUUUACGCACCGACAGAGAGGUUACUACAGUUCAAAAUGCCUGUUGAUAUCAAAAACGUAUUGAUAUGUGAUGCCGUAGACAAAGCUUGU